UCUGUUUUCUAUUUCAAUCUGUCAAAUGUUCAGAAGAACGAAUAAACUACAAAAUUAGUAAUUUGCAGGAAAAAAAUGUCGUUUCUAGCUCGAACUGGCACUUCACUAGCAAAAAAUGCUAUUCUGUCAACUUCUUUACGUUCUUUAUCAACAACAAAACAAUUACGACUUAAGGAAUUACGCGAACAUAAAGAGGGUUCUUCGUUAGUAGUUGAAGGCGUAACCGUUCCUUCUCCGCGGACAGAACUUCUAAUAAGACCAGUAAACAAUCAAGAUGGUUCCCAUCAGUGUAAAGAUACUUGUUAUAUGUGUGCAUUGAAUUUGGACGUGAAACAUACAGAUGUACUUAUCUUGAGUCAGUUUGUUAGGACCGACGGUUGUAUGUUACCAAGACGUAUAACGGGACUUUGCCAAAGACAGCAGAAGAAAAUUGGAAAACUAGUCACUAUGGCUCAGAAAGCAGGUUUGAUGAUAAAUUUAACACCAUCAUACUGUCAUAAAGACCCGAAGAAGAGAUAUGGCUUCAAAAAGUUUAACACAUACUUUGACGAGAAAACAAUAUUUAUGAAGAGGAUACCAAAACCAACCGAUAGAUUUGAGCGUUGAAAUUAUUUAUAAAAUCCAAUAGAUAGAUUACAUUAUUUUAAAACA